AUGCCCGACCCUGUCGUCGGUUGGAUCGGUGGAGGGAUCGCAGAAAGAGAUAGUGUGGUCGUUCGUCAAAGACGCAACGAAACGCGCGGACACGCGUUAUCUUCGGUGUAAGCACGCCGAGCAAUCGAAUCUGAUCUCCAUUACACGUACCGCGGCGAGAAUCGUUAAAAAAUCUGAGCAAUGACAAUCGCGGAGACCACAGAAUUGAAGAUGAAUUCUACGGGGAUUUCCAAUACCGUGGACGGGAUCCUGAAUCCGUUGAACAACAGGGAUCCGCAACAACUGGAACAGAUCUCCAAUUCUAGCAUGGAGGCAAACCCCCUACUGGAGUCCAAUCGAGUUGAUCAUUCAUCGGUGAAAAUUGACACUUCUACCAUGAAAUCGAAGAAAAUGGACAAGGAGGAGGAUGAUUGGGCGUCGAUGAACACCUCAAGAAGAGAUCCAGAAGUGAAUGAUUGUAACGCGAUCGUUCCACCUGAUGGCGGUCUCAGAGCUUGGAUGAUUAUGAUAGGCAGUUUCGUUAUUAAUGGUGUUCUAUUCAGCGUCAUAAACACGUAUUCGUUGAUCUAUCUAGAGUUGCAGAAGAGAUUGUUGGAUUCUGGAGAAACGGCAGCCUCUUCGAAGGCGGCGUUGGUAGGGUCAUUAACCAUUGGUACAACAUUCUUUCUAUCGCCAAUUUCUGGCAUUCUCACCGAUAAAAUUGGGAUUCAGAUGACCACAUUUUUGGGUGGUGCUCUUGCAUCCAGUGGUAUGCUUUUAUCCUCGAUAUUUUCUAGUAAGGUGACAUUACUCUAUUUGACCUACGGAGUGAUGUACGGUCUCGGUGCGAGUCUUGCCUACACGCCUAGCCUAGCGAUCUUGGGCCAUUAUUUUAAGAGAUACUUGGGCUUGGUCAAUGGGAUCGUCACGGCUGGAAGCUCCAUAUUUACGAUCCUUAUGCCGUACCUGAUUGAGGUCAUACUCCGCCGUUUCGGUUUGGAGGGCACGUUGAGGUUCUUAGCUAUGCUCACGGCGAUCGUCAUGCCUUGCGCUAUACUUUUCAAGCCGAUUCCACUUAACUCGAUGCCAAAGGAUCAACUAAAAUCCAAAUCGAGCCUCAAAAACUGUGUCAAGCAAGUGAUAAACGUCUCGAUAUGGAGGAAAAAACGUUACAUAGUGUGGGCUAGCUCCAUUCCCCUCGCUUUGUUCGGAUAUUUCGUCCCGUAUGUUCACAUAGGGAAAUUCGUGGAGAUGGUGUUCAAGGACGCGGAUGGAAAGCUUCCGAUCAUGUGCAUCGGUAUCACUUCCGGUAUUGGUCGAUUGCUCUUCGGUUAUAUCGCUGAUUUGCCGAGGGUAAACAGAAUAUUGUUGCAACAGAUAUCGUUUUUUAGCAUUGGUGCUCUUACAAUGCUUCUCCCUGUUACACCUUCGUUUGUAAUAUUGCUACUUAUUUCUUUGGCUAUGGGAUUAUUCGAUGGUUGCUUUAUAUCCCUUUUGGGCCCUAUUGCAUUCGAUAUAUGCGGUCGAGAAGGUGCGACACAAGCUAUAGGAUUUCUAUUAGGCAUGUGUUCUAUACCUUUGACUGUGGGGCCACCCAUAGCUGGCUUUCUAUAUGAUCAUACAGGUACCUAUGAUCUGCCUUUUUUCUUAGCUGGUAUUCCACCAAUAGCAGGGGCGCUUACGAUGUUCCUGAUAAAAUUUGUAAAGGAUGAAGAACAGAAUAGCGUUACCGCGAACACAGGGGAUAAAGCUGCUUGUCAGAAUGGUCGGUAAACAGGGUGCUCCAGUAUCACCUUUCUGUCUUCGUAUCUUGUCACUGGUCUCAAAUACGAGCAAUUAAACUGGAAGGUGACGUGUCCAGGCGUGCACGAUCCCCACUCGUCGAAAUGUUGCGGAUAUCACGAAAGCAACACUUGCCAGGAACACGAGAACGAGUGUCAGGAUCGUUGUGAACACUCAGAAAGCCUGCCAUUACUCCACGGUGAGGAUUGGUCAGCUUCUGGCCGCUUUCAACGGAUGCUUCAAUCGUCGAUGCUUCUGAAUUAAUUAAAUCAAGGAUAAAUGCGCCAUUUCUGAAGUCACUGAUCGAUUCCAUUU